AAGUGCUCGUUAAAGGUGGUGGAUUUCAGUUACCUAAUGGGUCACAGCUUCGCCCUUCGAUGGGUUCACCGUUGAUCUCGAAUAUUGGUUCAUCGCUGUAUACAGCGCCGACUACGAUACCGUUUGGGACUAGAGGAUAUACCUUCAGGCUGAGGGGUCGACUCUUUUAUAAGAGGGUCCCUAAGUUUGUCCCCAGUAGAAGGAGUUGGAAUGUCCGAUCGAAAUGGCUCGAGGGAAAUCCUUUCAAAAAGGGCAUUUGCGUGAAAGUGACAGUUAAAUCUCCGAGGAAACCACAUUCUGGCCUGAGGAAAGUGGCAAGAGUUCGGCUCAGCAAUAAAAGGGUGGUCUUAGC